AUGGACUUUUCAAAGCCAACGCUCUACGGGCUGUUCUUUCUCGCCUCCAUUAUUUCCCUUGUGCUGGGGCGCCUCAUCUCCAAGACUCGCGGAGAAAGGCCGAGAACACUUAGCCAGGCAGAUCACGAAAAGUCUGGCGCACGAACUCCAGAGAAGAAAAUCCCUGGGCAAUGGACACCCAGCAGCUUUCAAACUCCCAAAGCCCCUCCCUACCCAGACUGGUCCCUCGAGACCACGAAGCCCCUGCCCUACAGGGCUUUUCGCCAUGGGCCGAAAUACAACGUCACAAUGGGGCUGCGAACAGUUCAGUUCGAGGACUGGAUUCAGCUCGAUAAUCACUACCCGCGCUAUCACGCUGAUAAAGCCCGGCGGAUCGCAGAGCGAGGCGCUAAGUGCUGCGCGACUAUGCCUGAGGCUUACCCUGCUGCGGUGGAGCUGCUUGAGGAGUUGACUGAAUACCUGCCUGCUCGAUAUCCUACUCUCUACAAGCGGACAGACGUUGGUCUAGACAACCUCUGGUCCGGCGAAAAGUUCAAUAUGGUCGAGCGGCCCUUGAAGGAGGAUCCCAUUCAAAUUUGUGCACGGCUAGUCCAAGACGAUUUGGCUCUCAUGUUCGAGAAGCCAGACGGGCAAUAUUACCUACUCUCAGGUGCUAUCUUGCUGCCCGGAUUCUGGCGCCUGGAGGACAAGGUUGGGAUGCCUCUAUCAGAAAUACAUACCUCUGGCGAUGUUCCGCAGUUCAAGGAGAAGCUGGAGCGCGGGAUGAUGAGUUUCUUCAGGAGGUUAAAGUGCGAGGACAUCUACGCACGCAACAAUUAUUUCAUACAGGUAGACGAUGACCUGGCGUGGAGUUGGAGUAUCGGGCCCGAGGAUAGUCCGGCCAUCAGUUGGGACACUGCGCAAAAGAACCGGGCUGUCGAGCAUCACAUGUUUAGGUCGGAGAGGCAGACAUUGAGGAGGCUUCCGAAGACGGGGGCUGUGGUAUUUACAAUCAGGACUUACUUCCAUCCUGUUACCGACAUCGCCCAGGAGGACUAUGUCCCUGGGAGACUGGCGAGUGCUGUACGUAGCUGGGGCUCAGAUGUGAGGCGGUACAAAGGAGCGGAGAAGUAUGAGAGUGUGCUUCUUGAAUAUUUGGAUAAGGAGCAUCAGAAGCAGCUUGAUCGUGGUCUUGACGUCUCAAAAGAGGAGGAGAUCAGUCAAUACCCGUGGUGA